AUGACUUCCUUGCUGUUCAAGGGGAAUGGCCGGAAGAGAGCCAAGAAGUCGGGAACACAGCAGGUGCUUAAUGACAUGAGCAUCAAUACAAGCGGCAGUGGUGCAUUCGUCAAGCUUGGUCGUGGCGCCGGGGAGGCUGCGAGAUGUAACAGCUGGAGGUCGACUAGCAGAAGGCAGCUGCCAUCGCAGUGGCAAGUCCCCAAUGGCAUGGCCCGCGCCAGUACGAGGUACAGGGAAUGCGCAGGGAUGGAAUUGGACGAGCCUUUUCAACCCGGUUCGGAUGCCCCUGGUGCACCUGGAAUCUGUCGACCUCCGAGACCCUUGGCCAUCACCACGACUGCGCCUGAGCAGUCGGACGACUUGACGGUACAGCUUGCAGCGGAUGCUCGUUCUCUUCUGGCUGCCUUGCGUGCAGAUCAGCAGGCUCGGAGGCAACAGUGCAAGGAGGUUUCACUGGGUUUGGGAGUGCUUCUAGGGGAAGCCGAGGAGGCGAAGCGAACCCAAGGCACGUUCGGAGACAGCAGUUGCAGGAGCUGCAGCUUGAUGCUUCAGGAAGUGAUGGAUCUGCAGGCGAGGUAUGCGACUGCCGAGGCCGAACUACAUGCCGAGUCGCUCGAGGCGAGAGCUGAUGGCAGCGUGGAAGAGUUCGCCAAAGCAUGUGCCGAGGUGCUGCUGGGUGCUGGUGCUGCGCAGGAGCAGGCAGCAAUGGAGGCAAGACAGGCACUGGAGGUGGUCCAGCACUACCAGGCCAAGGUGCCCAAUCUGGAGUCUCGUGAAGAACUGGCAUCGCGCCGAUCGGAAAUAGUGGAGGCUCAGCAGGCACAGCUUCUGGCAGUCAGUGAAGAGAGUGCAGCACAGGCCUUCCGUGCUGCUUGUGUCGAAGAAGAGUUGACGAGGAUGCGGGAGUGGAGCUUGGCAUAUGAAGCUACAGCUAAGGCAGAAGCUCUCACGGCACAGCGUUGCCGAUCUGAGAUGGCAACAGCCAUGCAGGAGCUGCAGCGCUUCCACCGCAUGCGUCAGCUGCAGCAGAGUCUGAGCCUUCCUCAGGCACAGCCCCAGCCGCAACUUCGACUUGAGUCAAUUCCAGAAUGUGAGAACUCGACAGGGUCUUGGGGGGAGGAGGAAUGUGAGGUUGACAACCUUGAUGGUGAGGGCGGCAGAGAGCUUGAGAACAUGCCAGGAGAACAAUCCGCCUCUCUUGCCUCCACCGAAGCAGAUGAAAAUGAUCAGGAAGAGAUGAAGGCCCUCAUCCUGAAGUUACAAGGGGAGCUGCUUGAUGCAGAGGUUGACCGUGCCAGGGCCAUGGCUCAGCGCGACGAGGCUCGGGAAGCAGCUGCUGCCCUGCGAGAGGAGAACGAAGCUUUGGUUCGGGCAAUGCAGCUGUCAGACUCGCAUUCCGCGUACCCCGAUCCGGAGGAGGCUGCAGGCCACUGCCGACAUCAACCAUCGUGCCUUCCAGGUUACAUUGGCCUGGUGGCUACAGAUCCGGCUGGUCGACUUCGGCAGGCUGAUGCAUUGCUGAACCAGGCCAUGGAAGACCUUGCACGCCAGAAGGGCUCAGUGCAACCGUGCAUCAUCCAGAAGCAGGAUGGCUCUGUUGCAGUGGAGUGGGCAAGCAUUGCAUUGGAUGAUGAGGAGUUGGAGGAUUUCGUGGACAGAAGAAUGUCCGUCAUGCUGGCACGACUUCCCAGCUCUCCUGCCGGUGCGGUGGAAUGCGCAGUCGACCUAGCAGAGAACAGUCUAAGCCAAGCAGAACCUUUGGCCAAAAUGCUUCAGAGCCUGCGUGAAGCAUCGCUGCACGUGACGACACUACGGCUGCAUAAGAAUCGCUACGACGACUCUGCAGCUGAGACUCUUGCUGAGCACAUUCGUGAUGCCGCGGAUCAAGGGCGACCUCUAAUGCAGCUUCAUUUGAGCAACAAUUCGCUAUCAGAAGCUGGCCUGUGGCUUUUGAUUGAAGCUGCGCAUCGUAGCAAAGGCUACCCUCGCUCGACGGACUGUGCGAAGCUGAAGAGCUUAGGGGCAGAUUCGGGCCGUCGAGUGCUUUGGCUGCGCGCUGAAAACCAAGAUCCACCAAUAGCGCGGCCGCGGGACUUUCUGGACGCUUGCAGUUCCUCGGGCAUGCCUGUCUGCGUGCUGGCAGACGGUUCGGGUCAGAAGCCUCCUGUGGAUGCCGUGGUGCAGAUGCACGAGUACUUCUUGUCAGCACCGCACACACGAAGCUCUGCAAAGGGCAGUGGCCGCGCAAAGGGUCAGGAGUCGAAAAGUGGCAUGGGUGGUCCGUCUGCGAGGUUUGGCAACGGCAAGGGAAAAGGAAAGUACGAGACUCUGACAACAGCGUCCGGUAUGCCUUUCAAGGUUGUGCAGCGAGGUGACGGGGUGAUUUGCAUUCACGGCUCCGGAGCCUGUAUGGAUGAUGCAGAAUUGGAAGGAAGGGCCAUCCAUGAGCUGGAUAAGUUACUCGCACGGCUUCACGGCUCUCCUGCCGGUGCGGUGGAAUGCGCAGUCGACCUAGCAGAGAACAGUCUAAGCCAAGCAGAACCUUUGGCCAAAAUGCUUCAGAGCCUGCGUGAAGCAUCGCUGCACGUGACGACACUGCGGCUGCAUAAGAAUCGCUACGACGACUCUGCAGCUGAGACUCUUGCUGCGCACAUUCGUGAUGCCGCGGAUCAAGGGCGACCUCUAAUGCAGCUUCAUUUGAGCAACAAUUCACUGUCAGAAGCUGGCCUGUGGCUUUUGAUUGAAGCCGCGCAUCGUAGCAAAGGCUACCCUCGCUCGACGGACUGUGCGAAGCUGAAGAGCUUAGGGGCAGAUUCGGGUCGUCGAGUGCUUUGGCUGCGCGCUGAAAACCAAGAUCCACCAAUAGCGCGGCCGCGGGACUUUCUGGACGCUUGCAGUUCCUCGGGCAUGCCUGUCUGCGUGCUGGCAGACGGUUCGGGUCAGAAGCCUCCUGUGGAUGCCGUGGUGCAGAUGCACGAGUACUUCUUGUCAGCACCGCACACACGAAGCUCUGCAAAGGGCAGUGGCCGCGCAAAGGGUCAGGAGUCGAAAAGUGGCAUGGGUGGUCCGUCUGCGAGGUUUGGCAACGGCAAGGGAAAAGGAAAGUACGAGACUCUGACAACAGCGUCCGGUAUGCCUUUCAAGGUUGUGCAGCGAGGUGACGGGGUGAUUUGCAUUCACGGCUCCGGAGCCUGUAUGGAUGAUGCAGAAUUGGAAGGAAGGGCCAUCCAUGAGCUGGAUAAGUUACUCGCACGGCUUCCCAGCUCUCCUGCCGGUGCGGUGGAAUGCGCAGUCGACCUAGCAGAGAACAGUCUAAGCCAAGCAGAACCUUUGGCCAAAAUGCUUCAGAGCCUGCGUGAAGCAUCGCUGCACGUGACGACACUGCGGCUGCAUAAGAAUCGCUACGACGACUCUGCAGCUGAGACUCUUGCUGCGCACAUUCGUGAUGCCGCGGAUCAAGGGCGACCUCUAAUGCAGCUUCAUUUGAGCAACAAUUCACUGUCAGAAGCUGGCCUGUGGCUUUUGAUUGAAGCCGCGCAUCGUAGCAAAGGCUACCCUCGCUCGACGGACUGUGCGAAGCUGAAGAGCUUAGGGGCAGAUUCGGGCCGUCGAGUGCUUUGGCUGCGCGCUGAAAACCAAGAUCCACCAAUAGCGCGGCCGCGGGACUUUCUGGACGCUUGCAGUUCUUCGGGCAUGCCUGUCUGCGUGCUGGCAGACGGUUCGGGUCAGAAGCCUCCUGUGGAUGCCGUGGUGCAGAUGCACGAGUACUUUCUGAAGCAACGUUCUCCAGGACUUCCCGAGAGUGCAGCUCGCUCCGGAGGCACAGGUGGUGAGACAGCCUUGGAGCGAUAUCUGCGUGCGUGA